AUGAUCUAUAAUCCCAAAGAUCCAACUCCUUUUUCCCGAAAAUCACAAACAUCGACCAUCCUCUUCCCCUGGAUCCGGGACCCGCGACCUUCACCGGCGACCUUCCUCGGUUUGCCUCCACCGGCGACCUUCUUCCUCUCCUCUCUCUCAUCCGGCGACGCUAUCUUCUUCCUCGGUUUGUCCCCACUGGCGAUGCCAUCUUUCUCGGUUUGUCCCUACCGGCGCGCCCUUCUUCCUCGUAAUCCCCACUGUCGCCAUCCUCUUCCCGGCGGUUUCCCCCCAGCCGCGACCUUCUUCCUCCCCUUUCCCUCCUCCGGCGACGCCAUCUUCAUCCCAUCGAUUAUAUUGAAAUAUAAAUUUUGGUUGAAAUUAUUGUCUUAUUCGGAAUUCUAUGAUACAUUGUUACGGAGAUCACAUAGUGGCUCGGGAACACCGACACAAUCACCUUCAAACGUCCCUGAGACAUCAAACUUGCCACAGGUGAUGACGAUAGAGGAGUUUGUUACGCAAUCGGAAAGACACCUUCUCCCGAAGCUCCACCCGCUUGAAGAAAACGACACAACUUGGUAA